GGGACCGGGGGUUGGGAAGGGGUUCGUGGGGCUGUUUUGAGGGCCUUGUCGCUGGCGCAUCUUGGAGUUUUAAAUAUUCUUGAGUUGAGGACGCAGUUCUGGGGAACGGUGAUCGUGAAGUAUGGGAGAUCGAGAGAAACAACUGUCAAAUUAGCGUUCUCCUAGAGGAGACCGGGAAGAGGAUGAGUGACAUCCCACCCGGAAUGGAAGUGUGCCCCUAUUGUAAGAAGUCAUUUAAACGGUUAAAAUCCCACUUGCCAUACUGUAAGAUGGUAGGAGCAACUGUAGCUGCUGAGCAGAAGGUUUGUCAGGCCAAGCCAGCUACACUCUCUCACACUGACAAAAGGAAUGGGCCAAUCAAAGAUGUAAUUAAAGCUAAAGAGACCACUCUAGAGACAGAGAGAGAGGAAAGAACUACUAAGUUGAUAAGAAACAAACCAAAAAGGACAACUAAGUCCCUUCCACUACUAGGUUUGAAAAAAGCAAGUAAUACAAAGACAGAGAAAUACAUCAAGAACCAAAUUCAGCUCUCCCCCAAAAUGUUAAAAAAUACUGAACCAAAAAUUACUUUGCAGGCAGAGACUAAGGCUCAGUUUCAUGCAUCAGAGAACACCUCUCCUAAAAGAGAACUUGCCACAGAUGUGCCUAAAUCGGGGGACAGUAGAAAUAAUCCUUCAGAAGCAGAAGCAUCUUUACUGCUUGGCCCAAUGGAACCCUUUUCAUCAAAUCAAGAUAGGCAGUCCUCGCCAGGCUUAGCUAGGGAUGUACAAACCCCUUCUGCCAGUCUGAAAUCAGACAAAAUUAAUCUCCUAAGACAGGAGCUUCUAGUAAAAUCUUUAGAUGUGCCUGUUGAUUAUUGUAGUUCUCCCAUAAAUCUCAACAAUGAGCUUAAAACAGUAAGAACAUCAUUGUCAAGCAGUAAGAGAAACUCCAAGCCCAGGGAUCACCUCUCAGAAGUUCCCACUGACGUGAGAAGCUCUGAGACUCAGGAAGAGAACACACAAUCACUCAUUUUAGGCCCCAGAGUUAGCCCGUUCAGUAAAAUCCCAGUUGAGGAGAGCGAGGAGGUCAUGUAUGGCAUGAGGGCAAACGGACUUCACCUUGGAGUAGAGGUACAUGGGGUCAAAGGCAAUGCAGAGAAAAGUCUGUCUGUGAGGGAAACGCAGGACUGGCCCCCCAGGAGCAAUGGCUAUAAGAAGAACUCCGGUACUGAUGAUUCAGUUGCAGAGAAGCAAUCUCAGGAUGAGCGUCCAAGCUUCAAUCUGUCUACUCCAAGGGGGACAACUCGCAAUGAGUUCCUUUCUGUGUCACAGUCAAGUAACCAAAGUCUUACCUCUCUGGCUAUAAAAUGUCUUCAUGAAGAGAAAGCCAAAGCCCGCAGUCAUAACCCCGGCAGUGGUAUACAGACAUUAGUGGAGGGUGAAGAGCAAGCGUCUCUGGAGCCCAGAUCUGCCCAUCAUUGCCAGGCAUUACACGCUGGACCCAGCCAGUGGCCUUUAAAUCCAGCCUGGCAUCACACUUCUAAAACUCCCUUCACCAGUCAGGUUGACGCUGCUGGCAGAAGGGCCCUUCCCUGCUCCAUGGGGCUGGAAUGGUUUCCAGAGCUCUAUCCUGGCUAUCUUGGACUCGGGGUGUUGCCAGGGAAACCUCAGUAUUGGAAUGCAAUGGCCCAGAAGCCUCAGCUUAUGAGUCCCAAGGAGGAAAGACUGUCACCAGUUCCUUUGUUGGAAAGACGUUCGACUGAUAGAAGGAUCUUGGAACCCCUGACCAGGCUUACAACCUCCAGCUUCUCUCUAAUGAGGCUCUUGGGAGCUCUACAGAAAGGGUGGACCAGGUGCAGCAGCACCGUAAAGGGGAGCGGCGUCGGCAGCAUCACAAUGCUCUUCACAGGAUACUUCGUCCUCUGUUGUAGCUGGAGCUUCAAGCAUCUGAGUAAGCCUUUCUGUAUUUUUAGCCUAUAUUACAGGUCACAUCCCAUUAUAGGGACCUCCAACGGAUUCUCUGGAAGGCUUUUUAUAUUACAGUUUUGCAGUGUCUGGCAUGCCCCAUGAAUGAACUGUUGCCUGGGGCUCUGGGAUUUUUUUAUUAGAGGUUUUGGUUAUAAUGGCCUCUUUAAGACUUGACUGGAAUUUACAUAAUUGCUCUUGUGCUCCAUUUCAUGUUGUCACUGGAGAUCUGAUAGUCGUGUGUUUUAUGCUGAAAGCUGUUUCCCUGCUAGAAGAUCUGGGCGCGUCCCCUCGGGUGGCUUUUGAACUCUUGCCUGAGAACUCCUUUUUAGGAUGGAAACCAAACGGCUCUAUUAUACCCCGAAAGAGAUAGGCACAGAGUAGAGCCAUUGCUCAUCCAUGUGUGUAAGGUUGAAACCUACUUUUACCAUAAAAACCCUUGUCAUUGUAAGUUUCAGCUUGCACCAAGACUUAUCACAAGGAAAAUGCCUGGAUUUUAUUUCUCUUUUAGGUCCAGAUAACUUCAAAUACGAUG